GGGAGUUAGCAAGAGAGGGUGGUCCAAGAUGGGACGCGGCGUGCAUAGAAUUUUUUAAAAACCAAUUUAUUUCAAUCAAUUAUGUCGCGACAGUUGAGUUUUAAUCCCCGCAAGGAAUAUGAAUUGAUUGAGUACCCCGGCCGUGUAGUAAACCCGGAGCGUAUGCUGGACACCUUGGGGGGAAUUGUCAGCGUUUCAAAAGUCUUGGGCGACGAGGAGAAGCGACUGAAACUACGCUUUCAUCCGCAGAACCCCUACAAUAAGCCCGCCUUUGGCGAUUGCACCGACAAGACUGGCGUCCUGCUCUCGGUCUCUGUGCGGCGACACAAGCGGGACAAGCUGCGACCUCCUCAGUAUUUUGUUCGCGUUCUAGGGCACUGCAGCCGCAGCUUCUCCUUUGAAUCGCUCUGUGAUUUUCAAUACUUGCCGCUGUGGGCCACGCCGCAGAGUGACAAUAGCCUCGCUGCGUCGAAGCUCGAGUAUGCCCUGGAGCAAACGCAGCCGACGGGCGUGACCGACCUGGAGUUCUUCAAACGGGGGCAGAGUCAGCUCCUUUGCCUGCCCGAGCUGUUUGCCCGUGUGGACCUUGUCCAUACCGGAAACUACCGCAUCGACGGGGCGGAGGAUGGCCUGCAGGAGGUACUGGGAGUGCUCACAAAGUCAACGUAUGACAGCUAUGACGUGAUCUCAUUCAACAUGCUGGACACCUUCCCCACCCAGGCAGACGCUCAAAUUUUGAAACGCCUCAAGGUGAAGUACGUUUCCGAUGAACAAUUUGCGCGCGUUCAGAAAUUAUUCGACGAGUGCCCCAUAUGGACGCGCAUAGCUCUGCUGUACGAGUCCGGCGUGGGCACCGACAAGCUCAAGUGCAUCAUACCGUCGCUAGCCUUUUACUUCAGCAACGGACCCUGGCGAACGCUGUACGUGCGCUAUGGAUACGAUCCGCGCAAGGAUUUCAACAGCCGCCACUACCAGACCUUUGACUUUCGCCUGCGCUUUGGCACUGGCGUCUCCGAGUUUGUCUACUCCAGGAAGUCCGCCAAACUGAAAAUGACCUCUGCUGCUGGAGCAGAGGAGCCAAAGUGUGAUCUGGUCCAGAACAUUGACUAUCCCUACUUCGACGAGCACAAAUUGCCUCGCUCCAGACAGUGCAUGCUUCGCUACUGCGACGUCCGCAUCCAAAAGAUCCAGGAUAUGCUGGAGAAGAUUCCGACUCCCCUGACUGGCGCCAUUUGCAACGAACGCACCGGAUGGCUGCCACCCAGCUUCGAUGCUCAGGUGAGACAAAUUGUCUGUGCCACAAUAAGCGAUCUGUUGCGCAGCCAUUACCGCAAGGAACAUCUAAUGGCUGAGGUUGAGGCGGUGCCGCAGGCCGAUGAGGACGACGAUGGCGAGGACGAGGACACGCAAGAAGAGGACAUGGAGCUUGACGACUCCCAGACAAUGAACAACUCCGAGACCUACAUGGACAAGGACAUCGAACAGUUAUUUGAUAAUAUCACAAGCUGAUCCGAUAAUAAGCAAUUAAGUGUACAGGAGAAGGGGAACUGAAACUAUGUCACGGGACACAUAAGUGAAACGAAAAUGAAAGUAUAUCCAUACUGCUGAUCGGUGGAUACUUUAAAGUUUAAACACAAGGGGGUGAGGUGAUGACGAACAGGAAAGUUCUCCAAGACGGCAGUGCUUUUUGACGAUGAAUAUAGAAAGGUGUUCCAAACGAAUCGGAAGUAUUCUUCUAUU